AUGAGUGAGCCAGGAAGAAGAAGACGAUUUUGCCUUUUCGGCUGCCCGGAUUUAGGUGCACCCAUGCACAGCUUUCCUCAUCCAGAAAGAAAACCAGAAUUAUUUAGGACUUGGUUGUCAAUUGUUGGUGACAGAUUAAAGGAGACAGACCCACUGAAAAUUUAUAAAAAUAAGAAGAUUUGUGACCAUCACUUUACACCAGAUCAAAAAGUGGCCUGUCAUCGUUUAAUAAAUAAGGCUGUACCUUCUGUGAAUUUUGAAGGUGUAACUAUGUCUUCUUGUAGCCUGGAAAUAGAGCACAAUUACCCGCUGCCAAAUAUUGGAAAUAGAAACACAGCAAAUUUGUUUCAAGAAAAUCGGCCAAAUGACGAAGAAUUAAAGGAGCGUCUUCAUCCAACUCAACAUCCUUCUACAUCUCAAACCAGUUUUGACAAGGGUCAAAAAUCACCCGAGGCUGUCUACAAAGAAUACAGAGCUGCUCAAAAAGAAAAUAGAAUAUUAAAAUCUAAAUUAGUUAAGUCAAUAAAAGAUAGUAAACACUAUAAGGCAAGACUCGCCACCGUUUGUAAGUUGUUGGAAGGACAAGACAAUAUUAAUAGAGUUACUAAAAAUAUGACCCGGGCAGGAAGAAUCUUUACAACUAUGCAGUAUCGCCAAGCAAAAAAGAAACCUAAGGGGAGACGCUACAACAACGAAGAGAAAGUUUUGGCCUUAUCAAUUUAUAAAAAAAGUCCAAAAUGUUAUAACUUGUUAUAUAAAUACUUUAGGCUGCCAUCGACAAAAUCGUUAAAAAACUUAUUAUCUGAUAUAAAAAUAAUGCCUGGUAUUAAUAAUUGUAUUUUCAAUAAAUUAAAAGAAACAGUAGGAAACCUUAUUGAAGAAGACCGAUUGUGCACAUUGAUUUUUGACGAAAUGUCAUUGACACCUCAUGUACAGUAUAACGCAGGAACCGACGAACUUAAAGGCUUUGUAAGCCAUGAUAGUUCAUUCAAGAUUGCCAACCAUGCAAUGGUUUUCAUGGUUAAGGGAAUUAAAAAGAAUUUCAAGCAACCUGUGGCAUACUAUUUCACUCAAAGUUUAAAAACAAUUGAAUUGAAAAACAUUAUAAAAGAUGUUCUUAAAGCGAUCCAUACUACCGGACUUAAAGUAAUAUGUACAGUAUGCGACCAAGGGGCGACUAACGUCAGCGCCAUCAACAGCCUGGUGAAAGACACGAAAGAGAAAUACAUCCGAGCAGGUAAACAAUGGCGACAGGAAUGUUUUGAAGUAGACGGGCAGCAAAUUAUACCGCUAUACGAUGUGCCACAUCUUAUUAAGGGUUUACGAAAUAACCUUUUAAACAAAGACUUGCUAUAUAAAGAUUCCGAUCAAAUCGAAAAAAUAUUAAAAUGGGAAUACUUUCAAAAGCUCUAUGAAGCGGACAAAACACGAGGAGAGCUUCGGUAAGCCAGCAUGAAUAAUUACAUUAUAUUAUAUGUAGGUAUAUUUCUAUUGUUCGGGCAUUCAUUUCUUGAUUUGACUGUCAAAUAUAAAAACCGGCUAAGUGCGAGUCGGACUCGCGCACUAAGGGUUCCGUACCAUUACGCAAAAAACUAAAAACAAAAACAAGGUUGUUGUAUGAGAGCCCCACUUAAAUAUUGAUUUUAUUCUGUUUAUAGUAUUUGUUGUUAUAGCGGCAACUGAAAUACAUCAUCUGUGAUAAUUUCAACUGUCUAGCUAUCACGGUUCAUAAGAUAC